AGCUCUUUUGGCUUAGUGGAGCUUGAAGGACCUCGAUGAUUUCGAGGCCUGGCAGAUGAAGUCUGUGCCACAGGGGCUAUUGCCUACCCUGCCUUUAAGCCCCAAGCCAGACAAGCGGCGACCGGGCUGGAUCCUACCCGCGCGUGAUGCGGAGCGAUGCCCAAAUCCGCGUUGCGAAGGAGGAAGAUGUGCGAAUCCGACCAACGCCGAGCAGGUGGAUGAAGAAUCUUCGUCCGCAAACUCACCGUUGAUGCCUGCGGCAAGUUCAUCCAAAGACACGGUCAAGAAGGUGCAUUUUCAGGUGGACGGCCACGACGGACCUUGCAACGUGGCGCUGCGGUGCCAUGCGACGGACCCGCGCGCCGACGUCCGAUCCCUGACACUGGCCGAGCUCGCGAAAAGGAAGAAGCAGAACAUUGAUCCAUCGGGAAAGUCAUGGCCGAGCUUUCCGUGGAAAGAGGAGAUAGAGAUGAGAUGAACCAAAUGGAUGACAUUGAGAAGGAGCAUCCAGAAAACCAUGGCAUGUUGUUGCCUUGGAGAUGGCUUUUCUCAUGUCUGCCGCAUCCAGUAGAUGCCCCUGUGUCUGGCUUUCUCCAGAGAGUGCCAAAUCAUCGUGAUGCCAAAUCAUCGACAUAGUCUUACUAGA